GACACUCUCCAACUUCUCAGCUCAGGAAGAAAGAAUGUUCAUGCACGUUUCGUGAGGUCACACUGCAUGGGGGAGUCACUUUCGAGGUUCACGUGCAGACCAGCCAAGGAGUAUUUCAAGAAAAAAUGCCUUAUCCGAACCCCGGCAAGCAGGGCUCCGCUGCCCGGAAUUUCUCCUGCUUCAUCUACAACGCGGAUUUCAUGAACUGUAGCUGGGCACGGGGUCCGACCGCCCCCCGCGACGUCCAGUAUUUUUUGUCCGUACAAGACUCAAAGGGAAGGAGGGAGAUUCGGUGUCCUUAUUACACGCAGGACUUGGGAACCCACGUGGGGUGUCACCUGAACAACCUCACGGGAUUAACCUCACGCAAUUACUUCCUGGUUACCGGAACCAGCCGAGAAGGCGAGGUCCAGUUCUUCGAUUCCCUUUUGGACACGAAUAAAAUAGAACGCUUCGACCCGCCCAGCAACGUCACGGUGACCUGCAACAAGACGCAGUGUGUGGUGCGGUGGAGACGGCCCAGGACACACCAGCGCCUGCACCACCAGGAGCUCAGCUACCAGCUGCACGUGUGCAGAGAGAACUCCCAGCCUGACACGGAAAACACACUGAUUACCGUUCUGGGUGACUUGGACAAUCGGUACAACCUUCCAACCUCUGAGCCCAGAGCUAAGCGUACUGUGAAGAUCAGAGCCGCUGACUUCCGCAUUCUGACCUGGGGUCCCUGGAGCAAGCCCACUGAAUUUGGGUCUGAUGACGGGCAGACCAGCGCCGUGUACAUUUACGUGCCCUUGGUCCUCGGGACCGUGGUGUGUGCCCUGGUCCUCGGCUUCCUGUUUAAAAGAUGUGUCCGGAUGCAGCAACUCUUCCCCCCGGUUCCCAAAAUCAAAGACAAACUCAACGAUGAGAAUCAGGUGGAGGACCAGAUCAUCUGGGAGGAGUUCGCCGCAGAGGAAGGGAAGGUCUACCGCGAAGAGAUAUUGACGGUGAAAGAAGUCACAUGAGGCUCAGAGGGCGCAGGAAGAGCAGGCGCGUCUCCGCCCCCGACACAGUGGGAAGCUGUAUUUUUGUUCAUGAUGCUGUUGACCGUUAUAUCAUUUUCUAUGGCUUCGUUUUCUUUUGUUUUUGCAACAGAGUCUCGCUCUGUCGCCCAGGCUGGAGCGCGGUGGCGUGAUCUCGGCUCACUGCAACCUCGGCCUCCCGGGUUC